AUGAUUGAAAACACAACACCAUCAUCUUCCUCUCAGGAUGAUGAGAAAUUUUCGCAACACACUCGGUCGUCCAUUGCUUAUGGUAUUUCCAAUGUUUAUUCAAAACCUUUUAUUCCUCCUUUGGAAUUCAUUCCGAUCAUUGGAAUUAAAAUUAAAAACAAAUCUAAAACGUCUGCAUUGGUGCGAUAUGUAAACAUUCACUUCUCUCUUGAAUCUUAUGGAUUGGAUCAUUUAAAGAGGAUUAAGAAUAUGGAAAAUGAUGUUUAUUGCUUUUUAUGCCCACUCAACGAGGAAAUUAAUGUUUUAAAUGAUGAUGACGAAAAAAAUAUUCAUCUUCUCAACAAGUGGUUGCAAUCCUCGAUUACUUCUGACCAAAUUCAAGAAGUCUUUUACAAUAUUUUAGAAUAUUCACAAGUCAAUAUUUCUGAAAAUUUUGAAACCAAUAUUAAUAUUACACAAGAUUUAAAAUUAUUUAAAAUUCCUAAACAUGCUCCGAAAUUAAGGGGUCAAUGGAAAGAGUGGAAUUCUCAAUAUUGGCCAAUGAGAACUGUUAAUUUAUUUGAAACUGAGCUUCAGUUGGCCAAAGGUGAUCCAAAAGCAGAAAUCAAUGUAAAUACUCAUGACAUGGAGGCUGUAGAGAAGUGUGCUCAGUUAGUUUUGCAGUCUUGGGAGAAGACGAAAUUAGUCUCUGGAGUUUUUUACAACCCUACUACAAAGACAGUUGUACAAAAGCAUGGAGGUGAUGCGAUAUUUCUUGACGAAUCUCAUCUCUCGUUUUUCUCUCCAUAUUAUGAUGUCUUGCCAAGAUCUCAAGCCAAUAUGUUAACACAAUUUAAGAGUGUAUUAAGACAUUGUUCAAUGGCUGGAAUUGAUAUGGUGGCCCAAAAUAAUUGUGAGAUCAUUGAAACGCUCAAUAGGAAUUCAGAAAAGGACCCUUCUAAAAUUCCCUAUCUAUGUAAAGGUUUAGAUUUAUUUAUUUCCCAUGAGCCAUGUUGUAUGUGUGCCAUGGCAUUACUUCAUUCGAGAAUUAGGAGAGUGUAUUUCAUUUAUGAAUGUAAACAUUAUUUUGGAGGAUUUGUGAAACAUGGAGAAGAUUCAACAAAUGAUAGGAACCAACAACCUAAUAAUCAUCAUCGUUCUCAACAAUUUUGCAUUCAUGAAAAUAGUCAAUUGAAUCACCACUUUGAUGUCUAUAGGAUCAUCCUCACGACACGCUAUCAUUCACAACCAUCACAACACGAAGAGUGA